AUGAAGAAGAUAAGGAAACGCUUGCCUCCUAGAUCUAAGAAGCCCAAAAGAAACGAUAAGUUUGACGAGGAAAUAUCAGAAGAUGAAGAUAUAAUCGAUGAUUUAGAUGUUGGUGGAAAUAAAAAAGGAAAUAUAAACAAUGAAGGAGGAGAAUUAUGGAAGUAUAUCCACGAUAGUUAUGGCUUCGAUGAAGCAUAUGAAGAAGGCACUGAACACACAGAUUUAACACAUACCAACAGGGAUAAAAGGAAUGAAAAUGAAGAAAAUAAAACGGAAAAAGAUUUUAGUAUAGAUAGAUUGGAAGAAAGUGUCGAGUUGAGCGGAACAAUAUUGGACUACGACCAACUGGAAGAAAACGACCCAUCAUAUAAGUGGAUAACACAGUCAAAGGAAUCAAAUGAAACAUAUAAGAAGCUGGUAAAGAAGUUCAAGCAAGUUGAAGAAGAUGUGCCGAAAAUUUUCAAGUCAGAAUCGGAAGCAAGAACAAAAAGACUGGAAAGAAAAACACAGUAUGAAUCAGUAAAGAAACAUCUGACAAAAAAAUGGGCACCAAUAGUAUCGCAAAUAAAUAAAAAAGAAGGAUUGGUGUACGGAGAAGAAACGGAGAGGUCAGAAGCAACAUGCGGAACACUGUAUUCGACAUUUAAGCCUGAAACGGAGCUGGAAAAGAAGUUGGCACAAUCGAGUGAUAAAAAGCUAAAAUUGAUAGAAGGAAAAGCACUGGCAAAAGCAGUGCUGGCAAGAGAACAGAAAAAAAAUAAAAGAAUAAAUAGAAUAAAGAGUAAAAGAUGGCAUAAGAGACAAAAACAGAGAGAUUUGGAAAUAGCAGCGAAACUAUUAACGAAAAUAGAUGACCCAGACCUGGCAAAUGAAAUAAAGAGUACAUUUGAAAGAAAGAGAGCAGAAAAGAGAAUACUGAGAAAAAAAGAAGCACAAUCAAAAUGGGCAAAAAUGGCACUACGAUACGGAGGAAAGGAAUUGCUGAAGGAAAUAUCGUUUCAAAAUCAAAAUCUAAGAAACGAUCAUCAACUAAUAGACGAAGUGGCUAAGUUUAGAAAGGAAGAAGAGGAGGAUGAGGAAUAUAAUAGUGAUGAUGAAGAAGAGUUGAGAAUGAGAGAAACGAAUCAGGAUAAGUUGAACGUAAUACUGGACUCGUCAGUGCCAAUUCCGGAAAAGGGCUUAUUCAAUUUGACAUUCAUGAAAAACGCAAUUGAAAAUAGAAGGUUGCAAGAAGAGAAUGAGAAUGAAAAAAGUGGAUCGGAAGAAGAAGAAGACGAAGACGACUAUGAGCAGGACCAUGACCAUUUCGGUAAGAUUGUCGUCGAUAACAGGAAGGAUGAGGAGGAAGAAGACGUAGUUGACUACAGUGUGAUAGUAAACGAAGAAGGAGUUGAAGUGGACUCGCAAAUAGUUAAGCUGAAUCAACUUAAGGAAGACAAAACACUCAAAUUCUCGUAA